GUGUCAGUUGAGAGCUUUUAACUUUUAAGUUUUCAUUAUCAGUCUCCAAUGUCUAUAUAUCCUCUGCUUGAUCGGUCCCGCUUUGCAUAAUCACAUUCUCCAAACCCAAAUGCCAAAAUGCCCAAUAACUGCCUCCAUUUCCUCUUCUUCUCCGCCAUCACCACCACCGUCUUAUUCUGCAAGGCCAGUAGCAUCGGCGUCAACUGGGGGACUACGGCGUCGCAUCCACUUCCGCCGCCGAAGGUAGUAGAGCUUUUGAAAUCAAACAACAUCUCAAAAGUGAAGCUGUUUGAUGCUGACCCACUUGUUCUUGAAGCUCUGUCCGGGUCUAAGAUUGGUGUCACUGUCGGCAUUCCUAACUCCAUGCUUAGAACCUUGAACACUUCCAAGAAAGCUGCUGUCAGUUGGGUUCACGACAAUGUCACUCGAUACUUCAGUAUUGGGAGUAACUCUGGAGUUCGUAUUCAGUAUGUUGCUGUUGGAGAUGAGCCGUUUCACCAAAGUUAUGGUGAGCAGUUCCAUCCCUUUGUCAUUGGCGCCGCAAUCAACAUCCAAACAGCUUUAGCGAAAGCAAACUUGGCCGGUCAAGUUAAAGUUGUGGUUCCAUGCAGUUUUGAUGCCUUCCUAUCAGAAUCCAGCCUUCCCUCCGAAGGCCACUUCAGGCCUGACGUUAAUAAAACCAUGAUUGAUCUCCUCACAUUUCUCAGAAAGUACAACUCGCCUUUCUUCGUGACCAUUUCCCCGUUUAUUACUUUCUAUCAAAACAAGAACAUUUCUCUUGAUUUUUCUCUUUUCAAAGAACAUGCACGUCCACAAAAUGAUGGCCAUAGAACUUACAAAAACAGCUUCGACUUAAACUAUGAUAUUCUGGCUAAUGCAUUAUCAACUGUUGGAUUUCCUGAUACGGAUAUAAUUAUUUCGAAGAUUGGGUGGCCUACGGAUGGAGCAGCCAAUGCCACUUCAGCCAUAGCAGAAACCUUUGUCAAAAGCCUGAUGGACCAUCUUCACAGUAAAUCAGGAACUCCGCUGAGACCUCGGAAUCCACCGGCAGAGACGUACAUAUUUAGCCUUUUAGAUGAGGAUCAGAGGAGCAUAGCCAUAGGAAAUUUUGAGAGACACUGGGGAUUAUUUACUUUCGAUGGACAAGCCAAAUACCAUCUUGAUUUUGGAGUGGGUUCAAAGAUCAGGAACCUCAUGAAUGCCCAAAAUGUUGAAUAUCUUCCUUCCAGGUGGUGUGUUGUAAACAAUAACCUAGACUUGUCCAAUGCAACUGCAAGCGCAAUGGAUGCCUGCUCAGUUGCUGAUUGCACCGCGCUCUCGCCUGGUGGAUCCUGUUUCAAUAUCAGCUGGCCUGGAAAUAUAUCUUACGCGUUUAAUAGCUAUUAUCAACAGCACGACCAAAGAAAAGAGAGCUGUGAUUUUGGAGGAUUGGGAUUGAUAACGACCGUUAAUCCAUCAGUUGGAAGGUGUAGAUUUUCUAUUGAAAUUAAAGCUUCCGAUGCAGGGUUCUUACUCGGGACCAAUCAGUUACAAUGGAUGGUAUUGUUAAUGGUAAAUGCAUACUUCUUACUGAAUUUCACUUAUUAGGUACAUAUUUCAGCCUUAUGGUUUGCUUCUCUUCGUUCGGCUCGUCUGCAGUAGUGCAUUCAAAUUCUUUUCUGAGCAUGAGCUUCUUAGUUUGUUUGGAUGAAGAAUGUCAAAAUUUUGUAACUUUUGGCAGCUUUUAGCUAUUCUACUAGUUGUAAUAUAACAUGAGAAGAUGAGCUAAUUCAUUUCUCUAAAGAGGCUACUAACAUAGGCUCGUUUCUUUGGUUGUACUUGUCAUCAUCAUGUGAAAUUAAACUGCCAUGUAGGGUGUGCAUUUUGUGCAACUGUAACUGUACCAAAUUGAAUUUAUAUUGGAUUUAAAAUGUUUCAAAUCGAACUCAAAAGAACUGCUUUUUCAGUUGGUUCA